AUAAAAUUAAUUAACCACGUGGAGAGUGUUUGAUCUAUGCAAGCCCAAGUACUUCAAAUCGCGUAUUGACUAUUCAAAUCGCGAAAUAUCAUGCCGGUCAAGUUAAACAAAUACACACGUUUAAAUACAUAUGAAAUACACGCUUUUAUGCGACACACAUACAAAUACACAUAAUUUUUACUUUAAGUCGUUGAUUCAAGAAUCUUCAAGCCGAGCCAAUCAAUUUUCAACAAAGUCUUUUAAGAAUCUUUCUUCUCCCAUCGAACGAGCAAGGAAAUGCGAUCGAAUGCUUGAUUGAAAAUCAGCGCGAGAAGGAUAAGACAUAGACGACCAAGUCGCCGCGUCCUUCUUUCUCCGGCUGCGCGUGACGCGCGAAUUCUCCUCUCUUCUCCUUCUCCUUCUAUCUGCGAUGCGUCAGCGAGUCGCUAAGCGAACCUAACCUAACCGACAUACACGUCCGCCUCACUUUCUCCUCGUACUUUGUCUUUACCGGCUUUUCCACUAGGAUAUCGUCUCGAUCUUCAGUACGCGGAUGGUCCUGAAACCUCGGCCGUUGCGUCCACCAUCGCCUCGAUUUUUUUAGCAAUCACAGGCGAGCGCGAAAUCCUUUUUAAGGUUAGAGGUUCGUCUGUCGGAUUGACGGUCAUUGGAAGGGCGGCGGUAAUCAGUUUGACCCGGGCUAUGUAUGAAUAAAAUCGUGGCUACGAGCAUCAGUGCUACGUUCUUUAUUUCACCGUUGAUCUAGUGAGAGUGAUCGAAAAAAAAAAGAAAAAAAAAAGUGCCAAGAAGAUAAGUGUAAGGUUUACGUAUUCGAAGAAAACAAAAUUUUUAAAGCAAUAAUUACAAACAAGUGGGAGAGAUAGACGGUGAUCGACGACGCUUCGCACAUACACUUGUAUACUGGGACCGAAUACGUUGGCAGUUACGCAACAGGAUUAUUUUAUGCGGCAAGAUGAUGGAGACACAAAAUUACUGGGAGGACAGUUCCGCGCAUUCUAUGCAAGUGAAAUACGAGAGUCUCGAUGGCAGAUCCUGCAAAGAUGAAAUCUACAGAAUGGGUCUUGGUGCGAGCUAUUGCGAGGGAAAUCUGAAUUUCGCAACGGCAUCCGAGGACGAUGAAGUCUAUACGAAAAAGAAAGUGUCGAGGCAAGAUCCGAUGUCGCACAGAAUCAUAGAAAAACGCAGACGGGAUCGUAUGAACAACUGCUUGGCAGAUUUAAGUAGAUUAAUACCCGCUGAGUAUUUGAAAAAGGGAAGGGGUAGAGUUGAAAAAACGGAAAUAAUUGAGAUGGCCAUUCGUCACAUGAAACAUCUUCAAGGUCUUAGACAAGACUCGAAGCAUCACACGCCAGUCUCAUCGAUACACACGGUGCACGCGGAGGACAGCGUCGACAGUGUCUCUCAUCCGUCACCGACGAGUACCAGCGCCGCCGAGCAUUACAGACUUGGCUACCAGGAGUGUCUCAGCGAGGCGAUGCACUUCCUCGUGGAGGUCGAGGGAUAUUUCGCUCGGGAUGCCUUGUGCGUGCAGCUCAUCGGUCAUCUGCAGCAGCACUGUGACAAAAUACUGGCGUCGAGUGACAGACUGGGUUUUCCACAUCCUGUGGAUUUGCCGACUCUAAACAAUUCGAGCUGCGGUGGCGUCAGCUCCUUCUCACAAGCAAACAUUUCAUCCAUGUGCCCUAGCAAUAAUGUUACCAGCAACGGCCUCGGUCACCUAAACAACAACAACAACAACAACAACAACAAUAAUAAUAAUAAUAAUAAUAAUAAUAAUAACAACAACAACGGCAACAAUAAUAAUAAUCAUCAUUAUAAUCAUCAUAGUGCCCAGCAGCACUCGCUUCUGCACAGUAGCGGUAGUGGCUCGGAGCGGUGCUCGAGUUCAGGCGGCGUCUCGUCCCUCGAUUCCUGUGAAUCCCGGCCGCAGCGAGCCUUGAUCCCGCCGCCGACCCUCGCCAGCGACGACAGCAAUCACAGCAGCCACUCGCAGGGCAGCAGCGGUCUGCUCGUCUCCAGCUCGAACUCGGUCCAGCCGGACGUCCAGCAGAGGCCACCGGCCAACUACAAGUUCAAAAAUUCGAUUAAGCAGAGGUUCUCCGCCGACCAAAGGAUAAAGACCUCGUCUUCGCCGACAGCCUCCUCGAGUGGAAGCAGCUCCGAGGCCUCGCCCAAACAUUGUCAACAUCACAAUCACCAGGGCAUACCGAUAUUCGCGCUCCACGACAACGGCGGUUUCUACAUACCCCUGACCGUCGAGGCCGCCCUGCUCAGGCCGCACCUAGGUUAUACGACGUCGGAUUUGGGGCCGGACACUGUGCUGCAUCCCGUCACGAUAUCCGUCAAUUUCAAUCAUUCGACGCCACCGGCGUGGUCACAUCAGAGUCCGACCCAUCACAUACAGUAGUACGAGUCGAGCAGCGAUCGGCCGCACAAUGAAGGACAUUUAUGUUGAUUGCGACGUGAUUCCGUUGUUAUACCGGAUGUACAGAUGAUGACGGCACGGGAGGGCAACGAUUGACGAUUUUAUUGCACUCGUUAUAGUAUUCUGUGCCCGCACGUACAACAUACAACACCGCGUAUCAAACAACGCUUUUUAUGUUAAGGACAAGGAAGAAUGCUCACGAAGCCUGAAAUUUACGAUUAUGAGAAUUAACUGUGUUUUGUUGAUGCAUGCAAUAUUUAUAUUUACAUUUUCAUUCGCACGAAUUGGAAAUAUCGCGCACGUGCCAAUUUGUUUACGCUCA